GAGGAGGAGGAGGAGGAGGAGCAGACUGGAUGGAGGACAAGUGUUGGUGACAGACCGAAGAGGACCCGGACAGGUUCACAGCUCCUUCCUGUUUCAGGCCGGUGCAGCGAUGGAUCUGAUCGUGUUGUCAGGAGGGAUUCUGGCUCUGCCCGUCCUCGCCUUCAUCACCUCCUGCCUGCUGUGGCCUGGAGCGCUGCUCAGAGCCUACAACUGGUACUGGCGCCGUAGACUGGGUCUGCUGGUCCAGUUCUCCCACAGCGGGACCUACCGGUUCUGUUACUGCAGCCGCGGGACGCCGCGGGACGACACGCCGUCGCUGCUGCUGCUGCACGGGUUCUCAGCCACCAAGGACAUGUGGCUGCCCGUCGUCAAGCACCUCCCCAGGAGUCAACAUGUGGUGUGUGUUGACAUGCCGGGACACGAGGGGACGAGUCGGACCGGAGCUGAGGACUACAGCAUCCAGGGUCAGGUGACCCGGAUCCACCAGUUCGUGCGGAGCGUCGGUCUGGAUAAACGGCCGUUCCACCUUGUCGGGACGUCGAUGGGCGGGAACGUGGCUGGAGUCUACGCCGCCCGUUACCCUGACGACCUGUCCAGCGCCACCUUGGUCUGUCCAGCAGGUCUGGUGUACCCCACAGACUCUGAGUUCAUCAGUCGUCUGAGGGAGAUGGAGAACUCUAAGGAGGAGGGUCGGAUCCCUCUGAUCCCGUCGACUCCUCAGGAGCUGGAGGACAUGUUGAAGCUCUGCUGCUACGUCCCGCUCAACCUGCCCCGACAGGUCCUGAGGGGUCUCCUUGCCAACAGGAUCCCCAACAACAGUUUCUAUAAAGAAGUGUUCAUGGAGCUGGUGGGGGAGAAGUCUCGUCAUUCUCUGCAGGAGAACCUUCACCUGAUCAGCUCACCUGUUCAGGUGAUCUGGGGGAAGGAGGACCAGGUGGUGGACGUCUCCGGGGCCUCGGUGCUGCAGGCGGAGCUGACUAACUGUCAGGUGACGGUGUUGGAGGACUGCGGUCACUCGGUGGCGUUGGAGCGUCCCCGGAAGGCCGCCACGCUCAUCAUGGACUUCCUGUCCAGACAGGAAGUCAACACCAAGAAACAUUCCUGAAGAAAACCUUUGAACUGUCUGACGUGGAGCAGAACGAAGGUGGUGGUGAUGAAGAUGACGGUGAUGAAACUCUUCUUCUGUUUGAUAAGAGAGUUCUCCAUCACCACGUUUAUAUCUGUGACAGCAACAAAAAAAUGCACAAAAGUGGGACAGAAAUUCAAAUAUUGCUGAAGUUUUUAAGCCUGCAGUCUCUGUUUCUAGACGUUAAUGUUAAAUAAAAACAUUCCACUUUGGGAUUUUGCACAUUUCUCUUUCAGAAAAACUGUAUUUCAGUCACAACGUGUGUUUAAAAGUCUCCUGCUGCGAACCGACUGCAUGUUUAAUCUCAUGAAAACUCUUUAAGAACGGAGAAUGAACUGUAAGUGGAUGAAGUUUAAUAAGUGAAGUGAUUCAGUAACGCCAGCACAUGUACAAAGAUCGUCUCUG